AUGACCUUUGGAGAGAAACCUUACGACGGCAUUUCCACCAGAGACAUUCCCGAUCUGCUGGAGAAAGGAGAGCGCCUUCCUCAGCCACCCAUCUCCACCAUAGACGUCUAUAUGGUCAUGGUCAAAUGUUGGAUGAUUGAUGCAGACAGUCGACCAAAGUUCAAAGAGCUGGCGGCAGAGUUCACGCGAAUGGCCCGGGACCCACAGAGAUAUUUGGUUAUUCAAGGGGACGACCGGAUGAAGCUGCCCGGUCCGACGGACAGUAAGUUGUUUCAGAAUCUCAUGGAGGAGGAGGAGUUGGAGGAACUGAUGGAUGCAGAGGAAUACUUGCUGCCACAUGGGUACCCCCCUCUGGCCUACCCACCCCGCCCCCGCAUGGAGACCAGCAAGGGCCAGUUUGCGUACCAGGACCCCAGCUUCAGUAUGGAGGGUAUGCUGGCCUCUUUGCCCAGAGUGGUGCCUGCUGCUCCCUCUGCAGGCGGCUGCGGGCCAGGGAAGGACCUGGGUUUAACGGGUCAGGGCGGCUUCAUCCGAGGCCAAGAAGACCUGCGCUGCAACGGGACGCUGAGGAAACAGGCCUCUCCCAGGUCCAGCGUGUUAACCGUUAACACUGCAGCACCAGACGAUGGCAGUGCACAGCGCUACAGUGCAGACCCCGCUGUUCUUUUAGCAGAACGAGUCGCCAAAGCAGAGAAGGAGCACGCCAUAGCCAGAGAAAAGAACAGUACAGAUUAUGUAAACCCUGUGGAAGAAAAUCCCUUUGUGACUCGCCGGAGGAACGGAGAGGCCCACGUGGUGAAGGAGGGCGGCGGCUGCCACACGCUGCACGUCGGGGGUGUGGCUGGAGGAACUGUCCCAAAGAACCAGCCCCCCAUCACUGAGGAGGAGUAUGUGAACGAACCCUUGUAUCUGAACACCUUUCUGAACCCUGGGGACAAGAACGGCCUGGCAGGAGGCAUAACUGUGGCACAAGCCUCAGCUCCAAAGACUGUUUCUCAAACGGUGGUUCCGUCCACAUCCAGCCACACUGUGUCAUCCAGUGGAUACGUCCUGCCACCUGGUGUCCUGCCCCACCUGUCCUAUCCCUCCCACACGCUGCACCCCGCUCAUUCAGGACACACUCUGCACUCAGGCACCACCAGCACCAUAAUGUUCGAUAAAAAAGCCAAGAAGGCGACUUUUGACAAUCCCGAAUACUGGCAGCACAGUCUCCCGCCCAAAUCCUCAGUGCACAACCCCGAGUACCUGCAGGACUGCAGCACGCGCUUCUUUUACCGACAGAACGGACGCAUCCGCCCCGCUGUGGCAGAGAACCAGGAGUACCUCUCUGAAGCUGCCAUGAAGGCGGGCAACGUGCUGCCCCCACCCCCUUACAGACAGAGGAACACUGUGGUGUAG